AUGCUGGAGAAGGGAGGACGAAGAAUUCAACUCCAAGUCUUGGAGCUCCCCCAUUUGGUAGAAUUUUCCCCUCCCGCAAGUGUGAUGCUUCCGUGUUUUUAUCAUCUUUUCCUUUAUAUAAGCGCGUUGCCUUGAUCCAAGGGUUUGGCACCUGUUCCUUCCUUCUUUCCCCCCGGCGCAAUCUUGCUUCCGAGAGCUCGCCCGGCGAUUUUUCUUUGCGGUUUUUUAAUGCAAAUCUUGGGCAGGAUACUUGCGAGCUAGGCAUUGAUUCGGUUUUAAACGGCGAUUGGAGUGGAGCUGCUCGUGGUUGGUGAGACGUUACUUGGAUCAGGAACUUUUUUUUUUGAGGUGGAGUGGAGGUGACCUGCUGCUAGAGGGGGGAAAGAGCAAAGUACAUUAUCUUGGAAAAUGUGCAUUCUGCUACCUUCAUCUUAAAUCAAAGCUGCUCCAUUUCUGGGAACACAACCAGUAAUUUCCUAUGCAACCUUUUGGUUGAUGGAUGUUCCUCCUGUUGAAUCAGAAAGAGUGAGUCAAACAGAUAGUCACCCUUCACUCAUGGAGCAUGUGAUCGGUAUCCCAGGGGAUGAUGUUGCUUCUUUGUCGACAUCUCGCCGAGACAAUCCUGAUGGCUUCGAUCAAUUGCCUCGUGUCUCAGAAAGUUCUUCUGGAACAACUACUGCAUCUAACUCUCAGAAUGCUCCUCUAGCAAGAAGAGAUGAUAAUCGCGGUCAUCGUCAGCGAAGUCCUUUGAAUUCUGGUUUCUGGAUCUCAAUUGAACUAGUUGUAAAUCUUAGCCAGAUUAUAGCUGCUAUUUGUGUUCUGUCUGUGUCAAGGAAUGAGCAUCCAUAUGCUCCAUUGUUUGAGUGGGUCAUUGGUUAUACAGUAGGUUGUAUUUCAACUCUUCCUCAUCUUUACUGGUGCUAUAUCUGUCGCAACCGCCUGGCCACUGGGCAAGAUUCCGCAAGUCAGAACUACCUUCCAAACAACACCCCUGAAAGUAAUUCUUAUACCGGAAUUUCAGCCCCUCAUGUGUCUGAAGCUGGUGGUGUAACGGGCACAAAUGGAGUCUCAAGAAACAAUGUGGUCACCACAAAUCCAAGGGUCCAAGCUUUUGCUGAUCACUUCAAAAUGGCUCUGGAUUGUUUCUUCGCCGUGUGGUUUAUUGUGGGAAAUGUGUGGAUAUUUGGUGGACGUUCUUCUGCCCAUGUGGCACCCAACUUGUACAGGUUGUGUAUAGCCUUCCUCACAUUCAGCUGCAUCGGUUACGCUAUGCCUUUCAUUCUCUGUGCAUUGAUAUGUUGCUGCCUGCCCUGCAUAAUCUCUGUAAUGGGCUUUCGUGAAGAUUUGAACCAAAACAGAGGUGCUACUACUGAAGCAAUCAAUGCCUUGGGCACGUACACGUUUAAAUUGAAGAAGCCUCGUAGUGGAGAGAGAAACGAAGGUGGUGGUGAUGGAGUCUUGGCUGCUGGAACCAACAACGAGCGAAUUGUUUCUGCUGAAGACUCUGUUUGCUGUAUCUGCUUGGCAAGGUAUGUGGACAAUGAUGAUCUCCGGAUGCUCCCUUGCUCGCACUUCUUCCACAAGGAAUGUGUUGACAAAUGGCUCAAGAUAAAUGCGCUGUGCCCCCUCUGCAAAGCUGAGAUUGACGGUGCCCUGACAACUGCUCCAGCUAUUGGCUUUUGGCGCCGCCACAGCGACAACAGGGUAGGAAACAACAUUGAACAACAAUAGCUACGCCCCCUUCUACGAGGAUGCAACAUGCCUUCGAUGUAGCUUCCACAAGAGCAAUUUGUAAAUUACAUAGCGAGAUAGAUUAUACGACGCUCGAGUCCUUUCGUGAUCCAACAAGUUAUUUUCUGGCGGACUAAUGUUUCUCAGUGUCAAUAUAUAUGUUGCUUCUGGCUUCGUCCCCUCAAAAA